UAGUAUUUCUCUUAAAUGAGUGUAUUAACAUAUGUAUUUGUCGUAAAUGCGGUUUUUGCCUCUUUUAUAGCUGAAUGCAGCAUACAAGAAAAUAAUUUCUUCUCUAAAUUACCUAAAUUUCACGAGAAGAACGUUCCCAACGAAUAUAUUGUGACCUACCAUUCAAAAUACUAUACACAAGUUAGGAAUUCAUUUAUUUCAAAGAGGCUAAUAAAGGGAAAUGUAUUAAAAUGGUCAAUUCUAUCCCGUUAUAAUGAAGCUAGUCAUUAUCCAAGUGAUUUCGACAUUUUGGUUAUAACGGAUACAAAUUACACUUCAAUUGAACAAACACUGAACUUUAUCAGAGCCCACCCCGCUGUUAAAGGAGUUUCUCGUCAUCAUUAUGUCCAAAGACUUCUAUCAUACAAUAACACAUACAGCACCGUAUACAAUAUUCGCAGUCCUCAAGGAGUUGCGCGAGAUAAGCAUGCGAAGUCUGGACAGCAGCAGCAUGUGGCCGCCUCCUUAUAUGCGGACGUUCUUUGGAAACUUGGAAUUACGGGGAAAGGUGUUAAAGUUGCAAUUUUCGACACCGGCUUAACUGAAAAUCAUCCCCAUUUUCGAAACGUCAAGGAGCGAACGAAUUGGACAAAUGAGAAAUCUUCAGAAGACGGCGUGAGUCAUGGGACAUUCGUUGCAGGUGUAAUAGCUUCUUCAAAGGAGUGCCUUGGAUUAGCUCCAGAUGCAGAGUUACAUAUAUAUAAAGUUUUCACAAAUUCUCAGGUAUCUUAUACUUCGUGGUUUUUAGAUGCUUUUAAUUAUGCCAUUUACAAGAAAGUGAACAUUAUUAAUUUAAGCAUUGGAGGACCGGAUUUUAUGGACUCCCCAUUUGUCGAUAAAGUUCUAGAACUAUCAGCAAAUAAUAUAAUAAUGAUAUCGGCUGCUGGAAAUGAUGGUCCCGUAUACGGAACUCUAAAUAACCCGGGUGACCAAAGCGAUGUCAUAGGCGUUGGAAGUAUUAAUUUUGACAAUAAAAUCGCCAGAUUUAGUUCUAGAGGAAUGACUACCUGGGAGCUUCCCGUUGGAUAUGGUAGAAUAGGGUUAGACAUUGUCACCUAUGGCAGUCAAGUUGAGGGAAGUGACGUACACAGGGGAUGCAGGAGAUUAUCAGGAACUUCAGUCUCAUCGCCAGUUGUUGCAGGCGUCGCAGCUUUGCUCAGAAGUGGCGUUUCGCAUAAAAUAGAAUUAGUCAAUCCGUCAUCCUUGAAACAAGUGCUUGUUGAAGGUGCUGAAAGGCUGGCGAAUUAUAAUAUUUUUGAGCAAGGUCAAGGGAAACUAAAUUUGUUAAAAAGUAUGCAGUUGCUACUAUCCUACAAGCCGAAAAUUAGUCUUAUCCCAUCUUCGAUCGAUUUUACAUCAAGUUAUAUGUGGCCUUACAGCAGCCAACCACUGUUUUAUGGAAGCACUGCUGCGAUUGUAAACGUUACAAUUCUUAAUGGCAUAUCUGUAACUGGUAAAAUUAUUGAUCAACCGAGAUGGGUACCAGAUCCUCAUAAUUUUGGUCGAUACCUUAACAUUUCUACAUCUUUUUCAAGUACGCUUUGGCCGUGGACCGGAUGGAUGUCAGUUUAUAUUGUUGUUAAUAGUGAAGCACAUAACUAUGAAGGUAUAGCUAAAGGACGUAUAAUAUUAUUGAUAGAUAGUUUUCCAAUUGGCACAAAUUCGACUCUACGAAAGCAAGUAGAGUUCCACCUGACGAUAAGAAUUACACCAAAGCCACCCCGGCACAAGAGAAUUUUGUGGGAUCAAUUUCAUAGUCUAAGAUAUCCACCGGGGUAUAUACCUAGAGACAAUUUAAAGAUUAAAACUGAUCCGCUCGAUUGGAGGGCAGAUCACAUUCAUACAAAUUUCCGAGACACCUAUAUACAUUUGAGAAACUCUGGUUAUUAUAUCGACGUGUUAAGAGAACCGUACACUUGCUUUAACCCCCAUGAAUAUGGAGUUUUAUUGAUCGUCGACCCAGAAGAAGAAUUUAAUCACGAAGAGAUCUCCUGCCUCGAAAAAUAUGUCUACGAAAAUGGCUUAAAUGUUAUUAUUUUUGCGGAUUGGUAUAAUACCACGGUAAUGAGACACAUUAAAUUUUUUGAUGAGAACAGUAGACAAUGGUGGAUACCUGAUACUGGUGGAGCUAAUAUUCCAGCCCUGAAUGAUCUUUUGAGACCUUUUAAAAUAUCGUUCGGCGAUUUUGUUGGUGAGGGGCACUUCAAGUUGGGAGACCAUUCUAUGUAUUAUGCAAGUGGAACAACUCUUAAAACAUUUCCAAAUAAUCAAGAUAAUGUAGUUAUUGGAACUAAUUUAUACGAUCAAGGCGCAUCGGUAAUAGCUUAA